GUGACGUCGACAUUACGUUUCGGUCUUGGUACUUCCUGCUUCUUCGUGUAGGAUGGAACUACUACUAAUGCUGAGGGAAUCAAUGCUAUGCCAAGCCGCUAUUUAGAUUCGAUAAGAUAGUUUUGACAUCAGUUUCAUGAUUUUACAAGUUUCCUCCAAGUUUCGUGCCGUGUCUUUCGCGUGGAGCAAAACGGGAACCCAACGGCUGUCCUCUGCAGUAAUAUUUACUCGAAGCGGAUUACAACCAUGAUGGCGUCGAGCUACAACGCUAAGGAAGAGGACGGCCACCACUCAGGCCCUUCAAGUCAUGGCGGUGCAGGGGCCGUGAAAAGCAAGAAGCCGGACAAUACAGCUUUUAAACAACAGAGACUACCUGCUUGGCAGCCCAUCCUUACGGCUGGAACCGUACUGCCUGCUUUCUUUGUCAUCGGUCUGAUCUUCAUCCCCAUUGGAAUAGGCCUCUAUGUUACGUCAAACAACAUUAAAGAGUUCGAGAUUGAUUACACCGGUGUGGAUGUGUCAAGCCCUUGUUUCAGCUGUGCCAAAAACUACAGUUGGAACAGCCAAACACCAUGUUUGUGCUCUGUGAAUUUCACUUUGGAGCAGCCUUUCGAGAGCAAUGUCUUCAUGUACUACGGUUUAUCCAACUUCUAUCAGAACCACAGACGUUAUGUGAAAUCCAGGGAUGACAGUCAGCUCAAUGGGGACCGUUCUGCUUUGACGAAUCCCAGUAAGGAAUGCGAGCCUUAUCGUAUGAACGAAGGCCAACCCAUUGCUCCUUGCGGGGCAAUUGCUAAUAGCCUCUUCAAUGACACCCUGGUGCUCUAUCAUAUUGACGCCAAUGGCACCAGAAUCCAAAUCCCUCUGAUGAAGAAAGGCAUUGCUUGGUGGACGGACAAACAUGUGAAGUUUAGGAAUCCUGGUGGCAAUGAAAACCUUACAAUUGCUUUUCAAGGUACUAAAAAACCAAUUAACUGGAGAAAACCAGUGUUUGAGCUGGACCCAGAGGACCAGGACAACAAUGGCUUCAUCAACGAGGACUUCAUUGUGUGGAUGCGCACGGCCGCCUUACCCACUUUCCGCAAGCUCUAUAGGAUCAUCCAGAAGAAGUCAACCUCAACUCCAACCCUUGCUAGUGGCAGAUACACCUUGGACAUCACCUACAAUUACCCUGUCCUGAGUUUUGAUGGUCGGAAACGAAUGAUCUUGAGCACCAUUUCCUGGAUGGGAGGGAAGAAUCCUUUCCUGGGCAUCGCCUACAUCACCGUCGGCUCCAUAUGCUUCUUCCUGGGCGUGGUGCUGCUCAUCAUCCACCACAAAUAUGACUCGCGCAACAGCAGCGCAGAUAUUCCUAACUAGCUCUCACCUGCACACUGUGUUUAAUGGUUUACGCGCGAAUACACUGGCCACCAUUUAAUGUAUGUAUGUGCAAGCGCGACCCUCUUGUCUGUGAUUGACGGCAAAGUACAAUGCCAGUCUUGACUGCUUCAAGUUAGCUGCCGGGAAUGUCUUUUUUUUUUGUUUGUUUGUUUAUUUUAAAUUGUGUAAAAUGUUGUAUUUAUAUCAAAGUAUGUGUUUUAUGUUAGCACAGCUUUGCAAAUGGCUUAAUUCCUGAAGGGCAUGUGUUUUAUGUCAGUUAUUGUCCAUGUUGUGUACUAUAAAAUGUCCUAAAACUGAAUGUACAAUAUAUUACAUUAAUAUACCUCUGGGUUUGAGAUGAUAGAAACUUUGUAUGUGCAUUGUCCAACUCAGUACACAUUGUUAGUAAGGAGUGUGCCCUUAAAUGAAGCAGUUACAAAAUGUUCUGCCCUCGGUCGUGUUUAAAAUUAAACAAAAAAUUGACAAUCGGAUUAUUUAUGCAUGCAACGAAUUUAACACUCCAGUGUUCCUAUGACUCUUGAGCUUCCUGUCUGGAUAUGUGGUAAGGGUUUUUCUGUUAAAUUACAUUGCACAAUUAUGUCAGUGUUGACCAAACUAUUUGCACUUCAAAGAAUAGAACCUUGCUCUUGUCCAAAAUCAGCAGGGAUAGGUUCCAGUUCGCUUUGAACUGAUAGUGAUAGAAACUGGGUAGAGUUGAUACUUUGGGUGGCCACCUGUUCUAAGACAUCUUUGUGCAGAAUAACGUUUAAAAUUGAAAUGGACUUUUCUCGGUUAUGGUUAAAAAGUUCCAAUUAAAGUAUCUUAAUGUCUAAAA